AUGGAGGCCGCCGGCACGGCAGCGCAGCAGCAGCAAGACCGAAAGGCCAGCCCUUUGCCCCAGGCCACGCCAGGCGGCUUCGGCUCCUUUCACUCUGGAGAUGUGGAGGUGCUGAUCCGUCAGCCGCACGGUGCAUACACGCCGCCGCCCCCGCCGUUUGAAUCGCCGCCGCAGCUCGCGCCGGACCUUGCCACCCGCCCCUUUGGCGCGGCCUUCCGCGACCAGUUCCUGAUCGACUUUGAUUCUUGGACGUUUGUGAAUCACGGCGCGUUCGGCGGCGUCCUGGCAGCAGUCGCUGACGACGCGGAGCGGUGGCGGCGCCACUGCGAGCGGCAGCCGCUGCGGCACCUGGACAGGCGAGUGCCGGAGCUGUUCCCCCAGCUGGUGCGCGUGAUACGCGACGUCGCGGCCUUCUGCGGCGCUGAACCCCAGGACCUGGUGCUGCUGCCCAACGCCACGACAGCGCUCAAUGUGGUCGUCACCAGCGUGGUGGGCGGCCUGGGGCCGGGAGACACCGUCUACAGCCUCGACAUAGGGGGCGUGCCUGUGCUGAUCGACGGCGCCCACGCGCUGGCCCAGCUGCCGCUCGACCUGGGGGCCCUGGGGGCGGACUACCUCGUGUCAAACUGCCACAAGUGGCUCGGCGGCGCGCGCGGCGGCGCGCUGCUGUGGGUGCGGCGCGCGCUGCAGGGCGGGGUGCGGCCGCUGGUGGUUUCUCACGGGUCGGGCUGCGGCUUCCUGUCAGACUUCAUUUGGGACGGCUGCCGCGACUACGCGCCCCAGCUGUCGCUCUCGACCGCCCUCGCCUGGUGGCGCGCCGUCGGGCCGGCCCGCGCGCGCGCCUACAUGCACGGCCUGCUGCGGGACGCGGUCGCACUGCUGGAGCGCAGCUGGGGCACGCGCGCGCUGGCGCCGCCCGGCAGCGGCCUGGUGGCGGCCAUGGCGUGCGUCGAGGUGCCGGCGGCGGCGGUGGCGGCGGUGCGGCGGCAGCGGCUGGGCAGAGGGCGUGCGGCGGGCGGCGAGGGGGGUGCGGGGGACGGAGAGCCGGUGGUGGUGGGGCCCCCGGUGUCAGAGGACGCAUCGUGGCUUCAGGACGCGCUGCACUUUGUCCACCGCGUGGAGGUGCCCGUGAAGCUGCUGGGCGGCUGCCUGUGGGUGCGUAUCAGCGCGCACGUGUACAACACCCCGGAUGACUACCAGCGGCUGGCGGACGCUGUGCUGGCCGUGGCGGGAGAUGGCUGA